AUGAAGGGAAUUCAAGUCAAGGAAUAUGUCCAGGGUCCUCAAGACCUCCAGGUCACUGACCUACCUGAUCCAUCUCCCAAACCGAAUCAAUACUUGAUUGCUGUCCAUGCUGCUGCCACGAACUUCUUCGACCUGCUUCAGAUUCGUGGAAAAUAUCAACAUCAACCACCCCUACCAUGGGUCUCUGGUGCCGAGUUCUCGGGCGUUAUCUUGAAGGCCCCCCAAUCAUUGCCAGGAGGAAAGAAGCCCACAUUCAAGGAAGGAGAUAAAGUGUUCGGUGCUUCCCAGGGUGCUUAUGCCACCAAAGUCUGUGCCACCGAAGAACAACUCCGACCUAUGCCGAAAGGAUGGAGCUACUUUGAGAGUGCUGGUUUGAUGGUGACUGCUCCGACCAGUUAUGCUGGUCUCGUAACGAGAGCUGGCAUCAAGAAGGAAUCUGUGCUGAUCAUCACAGGCGAUUGGGUAUUGGUUCAUGCCGCUGCUGGAGGUGUAGGUCUUGCCGCUGUCCAGAUCGCAAAAGCAUUCGGAGCUACCGUAGUCGCCACAGCAGGUACCCAACACAAGCUCGAUGUCGCAAAGUCGUUCGGCGCAGAUCACCUGGUCGACUACAGGCAAAAGGACUGGCCGGAUAUGGUUAAGAAGCUUACUCCAAAGGGUCGUGGUGUAGACAUUGUCUAUGAUCCUGUUGGAUUGAUCGCUCAAAGUAUGAAGUGCACAGCCUGGAAUGGCAGAUUGCUGGUCAUUGGCUUCGCAGCAGGCGAUAUCGAGAAGAUGGCCACCAACAGAAUUCUGCUGAAGAAUGUUUCAGUCAUGGGUCUGCAUUGGGGCGCUUAUGCUAUUAAUGAGCCGGACAUGAUCGAGGUUGUGUGGAAGGGCCUGUUCGAUCUUAUGGAAAGUGGCAAGUUCCGCGGAACUUGUUAUACAGACAAGGAGUUCGUCGGCCUCGAGACAAUUCCCGAGGCAUUGAAGGCUCUUGGAGCUCGCGACACUUGGGGUAAGGUGGUUGUCAAAGUGCCGCAAGAAGGACAGAGCAAGUUGUAA